AUGGAGGCGGUGGCCGCGGACCAGCUGCCGAAGGCGCGGGACAUGCUGCAGGAGAUCGCGGAGCUGGCGUCCUCGUUCGGGUCCUCCCCGGAGCGCGUCGCGGCCUACUUCGGGGACACGUUGUGCGCGCGCGUGCUGAGCUCCUACCUGGGCGCCUACUCGCCGUUGCUGGCCGCCAGCCCGCUAGCCGCCGCGCAGAGCCGCCGCGUCUCCUCGGCCUUCCAGGCCUACAUCAUGCAGGGGCUGCACUGGCCGGGCCUCUUCCACAUGCUCGCCUCCCGCCCCUGCAGGCCACUCUCGCUCCGCGUCACCGGCCUCGGCGCCUCGCUCGACGUCCUCCAGGCCACCGGCCGCCGCCUCGCCGACUUCGCGGCCUCCCUCGGGAUGCCGUUCGAGUUCCACCCCAUUGAGGGGAAGAUCGGGAAAGGAAGAUGA